ACCUGUGCCUUUGUUGGUUCCUGUUUGUGACCCGUGUUUAAAGUAAAUCAACUCGGAGGGAGACCGCCGCUCUCAAGAUGGACAUCCAGAGUGAGACGAGCAGGCUGCUGGACGCGGAGGGAGCGGAACCUUCAGGACCGCAGUCCGAGCAGGACGCUUAUCUGAGCAAAGUGAAGAACAGCAAGCUGUACCUGGCCACGUUUGCGUCGGUGCUGGGUCCGCUGAGCUUCGGCUUCGUGCUGGGCUACAGCUCUCCUGUCAUCCCCGACCUCAGCAGGACCAGCGAGACCCGGCUGAGGCUCGACGCCGUGCAGGCCUCCUGGUUCGGGUCCAUCGUGACGGUGGGAGCGGCGGUGGGCGGCCUGCUGGGCGGCUGGAUGGUGGACAGACUCGGGAGGAAGCUGACGCUCAUGCUCUGCUCGCUGCCCUUCGUCUUCGGCUUCACCGUCAUCGUCGCGGCUCAGAACGUCACGAUGCUCCUGGCGGGCCGAGUGCUGACGGGCCUGGCCAGCGGGGUCACGUCGCUGGUGGUCCCCGUCUACAUCUCUGAGAUGGCUCAUGAGAAGGUUCGUGGGACGUUAGGCUCCUGUGUGCAGCUCAUGGUGGUGAUCGGCAUCAUGGGAGCUUACCUUGCAGGUCUGUUCGUGGACUGGCGCUGGCUGGCCAUCUGCGGCUCCGUCCCUCCGACGCUGCUCCUGGUCUGCAUGUGCUUCAUGCCCGAAACGCCACGCUUCCUGCUGUCGCAGGGCAAGAAGCGCGAGGCCGAGGAGGCGCUGCGCUUCCUGCGAGGGAGCGACGCCCCCAUCCAGUGGGAGUGGAACCGCAUCGAGGAGGCCUGUAGUGAGCAGAGCUCCAGUUUCCACGUGCGGGACCUGAGGGAUCCUGGCGUCUUCAAGCCCCUGCUGAUCGGCGUCAUGCUGAUGGUUUUCCAGCAGAUGACCGGGAUCAAUGCCAUCAUGUUCUACGCCGAAAAUAUCUUUGAACAGGCACAUUUUAAGGAGAGCGACCUGGCUUCGGUCAUCGUGGGUCUGAUUCAGGUGGUUUUCACUGCCGUGGCGGCGCUGAUCAUGGACAAGGCUGGCAGGAAGGUCCUCCUCAUCAUAUCUGGCGUCGCCAUGGCAGUCAGCACCGCGGCGUUCGGGGUUUAUUUCUACCUGGUGGAGGCGCAGAGUGCAGCGGGCGGAGGCUCCCAUGCCGACCUGGCCUGGCUCGCCCUGCUCAGCAUGGCCGUCUUCAUCACGGGUUUUGCCCUCGGAUGGGGUCCGAUCCCGUGGCUCGUCAUGUCGGAGAUCUUCCCGGUGAAGGUGCGGGGCUUCGCCAGCGCCGUGUGUGUCCUCACUAACUGGAGCAUGGCCUUCGUCGUCACCAAAACCUUCCAAGAUCUGAUGAAUGUUUUGACCAGCGCCGGAACCUUCUGGCUGUUUGCCUGCUGCUGCAUCGCAAACGUGGUCUUCACCAUGGCCUUCGUCCCAGAAACCAAGGGAAAGACCCUGGAGCAGAUCGAAUCCUCGUUCAGAGGGACGGCCAGCCCAUGAAGACACCGCGCACCACUCUUUAUUAUUGACACAGCUCCGUAACUCUUUCUUUCAUUUAAUUCAGGGGUAUUUAUUUUAGGUCAAAUUCCGCAGAGUCGUCUGAAGGAAGGACUCCAGAGGAAACUGGCACCUCUCACACUACAUCGAGUCUACAUUACAGGGCAUUCACAGCAAACUGCAGCUUUGUGACAGUUCUAAACUGUUACUUCUGAAGUGCUUAAAGCGAUACUUCAACAUUUUGGCAAAUUGGCCCAUUUAGCGCAAUUCAUUAGUCAUUUCAAACAGCAUACUUACUUUUUUUUGUGAGGGCGAGCUGUUGUUUAUUCAGA